GCAUUAGCUUGUUGGUUCUAGAAAUUGUACUUCAUACUGCAGGUAAGGAUCAUUGAAGAUUACCUUUCUUGAAAUACUGUGAACUUAGAAGCCCUUCAUUCAAAUAGUUAUCAUACAGAACCAUAUGAUUUCAAAGAAAAUUUGGGGUAAUUUUUGUUUUUGAAACUGCAUCUCUUCUCAAGAGUCCUAAGAAUAAUGUUUUUCCGUAAAGCUUCACAGCAAAUGAUCCAUAAAUCAGCAUUGCUGAAGAAAAUACCUGUUUUUGACUGCAUGGUGUCAAGAAAAAAACCCUGCUAGGUAAACAACAAGCUUAAUUCUCUCAGGCUAUGGAAGCUUUUUAUCCUUUCAUGUAUGAAAGAAGGACACACCCUCUCCUUGAAUACACAGCCUGCUGAGAUAUGUAAAGCAACUGAUCACAACAUGCAAAAAAAAAUUGGUGAUUUUUCUGUGGAGUGAAAACUCUUGAGAUACUCUGAGUUAUGAUUAGAAACCAAUCUUUGAGUGAAGAAAUAUUCCACACCAGUCCUGAUUGAUUAUUUUCACUGCUUUGUCUUCUGGAGGGUGAGAAGCUAAAAGCAGUUUUCUUUGCAAUGUUUUGUAGACCACGAUGAGUGUGCCACGACAAACAUGUGCUUGAAUGGGAUGUGCAUAAAUGAAGAUGGGAGUUUUAAAUGCAUCUGUAAACCAGGAUUUGUCCUGGCUCCAGAUGGACGUUACUGUACUGAUAUUGAUGAAUGCCAGACAUCAGGAAUUUGCAUGAAUGGUCACUGCAUAAAUACUGAAGGCUCAUUUCGAUGUGAUUGUCCACCUGGCUUGGUUGUUGGAGUUGAUGGUCGUGUGUGUGUAGACACUCACGUGCGUAGCACGUGCUAUGGCGGCAUCAGGACAGGGCUGUGUGUCCGUCCCUUCCCUGGUGCUGUGACAAAGUCUGAAUGCUGCUGUGCCAACCCUGACUAUGGUUUUGGAGAGCCGUGUCAUCCCUGCCCUGCUAAGAACUCAGCUGAGUUCCAUGGCCUGUGUAGCAGUGGAAUAGGUAUUACUGUUGAUGGAAGAGAUAUCAACGAGUGUGCUUUGGAUCCUGACAUUUGCUCCAAUGGGAUGUGUGAGAACCUGCGUGGCAGCUAUCGCUGUAACUGCAACAGCGGCUACGAGCCCGAUCCUGCUGGAACCAACUGUGUGGACAUCGACGAGUGCUCUGUGAAUGGGUUGCUGUGUGACAACGGGCUCUGCCGGAACACCCCGGGCAGCUACAGCUGCUCCUGCCCCAAGGGUUACCUGUUCAGCUCGGAGACUGACACCUGUGAAGAUAUAAAUGAAUGUGAAAGCAGCCCAUGUGUCAAUGGUGCCUGCAGGAACAACCUUGGGUCAUUCCACUGUGAAUGUUCCUCUGCCAGCAAGUUGGACCCUACAGGACUGAUUUGUAUUGACAGCCUGAAGGGGACUUGUUGGCUUAAUAUCCGAGACAGCCACUGUGAAGUCAACAUCAAUGGUGCCACGCUGAAAUCUGAGUGCUGUGCUACCUUAGGAGCAGCUUGGGGCAGCCCAUGUGAACGGUGUGAAUUAGACACAGCUUGCUCAAGAGGAUUUGCCAGAGUGAAGGGUGUUACCUGUGAAGACGUAAACGAGUGUGAGGUUUUCCCGGGGGUUUGUCCCAAUGGGCGGUGCAUCAACAGCAGAGGCUCCUUUCACUGCGAGUGCCCCGAGGGGCUGACCCUGGACGGCACAGGGCGAGUGUGUUUAGAUAUCCGCACGGAGCAGUGUUACCUGCGGUGGGAGGAGGAGGAGUGCGCGCAGCCCGUGCCCGGCAGGCUGCGGAUGGACUCGUGCUGCUGCGGCCUGGGGGCGGCCUGGGGCUCGGGCUGCCGGCGCUGCCCCGCGCCCGGCUCCGCGCAGCACCGCGCCCUGUGCCCGCGCGGCCCCGGCUUCUCCAACAGGAGGGACCUUCUCACCGGCAGGCCCUUCCACAAAGAUAUCAAUGAAUGUAAAGUGUUUCCUGGGAUAUGUAUGAAUGGUAAAUGUAGAAACACAAUUGGAAGUUUCAAAUGCAGAUGUAACAGUGGAUUCACUUUAGAUAUGGAGGAAAGAAACUGUACAGACAUUGAUGAGUGCAGGAUUUCCCCAGACUUGUGUGGAAGUGGUACUUGUGUCAACACUCCUGGCAGCUUUGAGUGUGAGUGCUUUGAUGGCUAUGAAAGUGGAUUUAUGAUGAUGAAGAACUGCAUGGAUAUUGAUGAGUGCGAACGCAACCCUCUGCUGUGCAGAGGUGGCACCUGUGUGAACACUGAGGGGAGCUUUCAGUGUGACUGUCCCCCAGGGCAUGAGCUGUCACCAUCACAGGAGGAAUGCUUAGAUGUAAAUGAGUGCUCGUUGAGUGACAGUCUCUGCAGAAAUGGCAAGUGUGUGAACAUGGUUGGGACAUACCAGUGCUUCUGUGACUCUGGCUACCAGCCCACUCCUGACAGACAGGGAUGCACAGAUAUUGAUGAGUGCAUGAUAAUGAAUGGAGGCUGUGACACCCACUGCACUAACUCAGAAGGCAGCUAUGAGUGCAGCUGCAGUGAUGGCUAUGCUCUGAUGCCAGAUGUCAGGACAUGUGCAGAUAUUGAUGAAUGUGAAAACAAUCCAGAUAUCUGUGAUGGUGGGCAGUGUACCAAUAUCCCAGGGGAAUAUCACUGCCUCUGUUAUGAUGGAUUUAUGGUUUCUGUAGACAUGAAAACUUGUGUUGAUGUGAAUGAAUGUGAUUUGAAUUCCAAUAUCUGCAUGUUUGGGGAGUGUGAAAACACCAAAGGUUCCUUCAUUUGUCACUGUCAAGUUGGGUAUUCUGUCAAGAAAGGAACCACAGGAUGCACAGAUGUGAAUGAGUGUGAAAUUGGAGCUCACAACUGUGACAUGCAUGCCUCAUGUGUCAACGUGCCAGGAAGUUUUAAAUGCAGUUGCAGAGAAGGUUGGGUUGGAAAUGGCAUGAAGUGUAUUGAUCUUGAUGAAUGCUCCAACGGGACCCAGCGGUGCAGCGCCAGUGCCCAGUGUGUGAACAGCCCGGGCUCCUACCACUGUGCCUGUGCAGAGGGCUUCACUGGAGAUGGCUUUACCUGCUCUGAUGUUGAUGAGUGUGCAGAGAAUGUCAACCUGUGUGAAAAUGGGCAGUGCCUGAAUGCCCCUGGCUCCUUUCGCUGUGAGUGUGAGAUGGGCUUCACUCCUGCCUCUGACAGCAAGUCCUGCCAAGACACCGAUGAAUGCUCCUUCCAGAAUAUUUGUGUGUUUGGCACCUGCAACAAUCUCCCAGGAAUGUUUCGUUGUAUCUGUGAUGAUGGCUAUGAACUGGAUCGAACUGGGGGAAAUUGCACAGAUGUCGAUGAAUGUGCUGAUCCCAUUAAUUGUGUUAAUGGUCUUUGUGUAAAUACUCCUGGAAGAUACGAGUGCAAUUGUCCUCCAGACUUCCAGCUGAAUCCUACUGGAGUGGGUUGUGUGGAUAACCGUGUGGGCAGUUGCUACCUGAAGUUUGGACCAAGAGGGGACGGGGGCCUGUCCUGCAACACCGAGAUUGGGGUUGGAGUCACUCGUUCCUCGUGCUGCUGCUCACUGGGAAAGGCUUGGGGGAAUCCCUGUGAGACCUGUCCCCCUGUCAACAGCACUGAAUACAAUACUCUGUGUCCAGGGGGAGAAGGAUUCAGACCAAAUCCCAUCACUAUUAUUUUAGAAGACAUUGAUGAAUGUCAGGAGCUGCCAGGUCUCUGCCAAGGUGGAAAUUGCAUCAACACUUUUGGCAGCUUCCAGUGUGAAUGCCCAAGAGGUUACUACCUCAGUGAAGAGACAAGAAUCUGUGAAGAUAUUGAUGAGUGUGUUGCUCACCCUGGUGUCUGUGGUCCUGGCACCUGCUACAACACUUUGGGGAAUUACACCUGCAUUUGUCCACCUGAAUAUAUGCAGGUGAACGGAGGACACAACUGCAUGGAUAUGAGGAAAAGCUUUUGCUACAGAAGCUAUAAUGGAACCUCCUGUGAGAAUGAACUGCCCUUCAAUGUGACCAAAAGGAUGUGCUGCUGCACAUACAAUAUUGGGAAAGCCUGGAACAAACCUUGUGAGCCAUGUCCAACUCCAGGAACAGUUGAAUUCAAGAGCCUAUGUGGGAAUAUUCCUGGCUUCACUUUCGACAUCCAUACUGGAAAAGCUGUUGACAUUGAUGAAUGUAAGGAAAUCCCAGGAAUCUGUGCCAAUGGAGUUUGCAUCAAUCAGAUUGGCAGCUUCCGCUGUGAGUGCCCCACUGGAUUCAGCUACAAUGACCUGCUCCUGGUCUGUGAAGAUAUUGACGAGUGCAGCAAUGGGGAAAACCUCUGCCAGAGAAAUGCUGACUGUAUCAACAGCCCUGGGAGCUACCGCUGUGAAUGUGCUGCUGGCUUUAAACUCUCACCCAACGGUGCCUGUGUUGAUCGCAAUGAAUGUCUGGAAAUUCCUAACGUUUGCAGUCAUGGUUUGUGUGUGGACAUGCAGGGAAGCUACCAGUGCAUAUGUCACAACGGCUUCAAGGCAUCCCAAGAUCAGACUAUGUGCAUGGAUGUUGAUGAGUGUGAGCAGUAUCCAUGUGGAAAUGGAACUUGCAAGAACACAGUUGGAUCAUACAACUGCCUGUGUUACCCAGGAUUUGAAUUAACUCGUAAUAAUGAUUGUGUGGAUAUUGAUGAGUGCAGUUCCUUCUUUGGUCAGGUGUGCAGAAAUGGACAAUGUUUCAAUGAAAUUGGUUCUUUCAAAUGUUUGUGUAAUGAAGGAUAUGAGCUUACUCUGGAUGGCAAGAAUUGUGUUGAUACCAAUGAGUGUGUGGCACUGCCUGGUUCCUGCUCUCCUGGUACCUGCCAAAAUUUGGAAGGAUCAUUCAGGUGCAUCUGUCCACCAGGAUACGAAGUAAAAAGUGAAAGUUGUAUUGAUAUUGACGAGUGCAAUGAGGAUCCCAACAUUUGUCUCUUUGGGUCCUGCACAAACACCCCAGGAGGUUUCCAGUGCAUCUGUCCCACAGGUUUUGUGCUGUCUGAGAACAGGAGGAGGUGCUUUGAUACUCGUCAGAGCUUCUGUUUCACCAACUUUGAGAAUGGGAAGUGCUCAGUGCCAAAGGCUUUCAACACCACAAAGGCCAAGUGUUGCUGCAGUAAAAUGCCAGGAGAAGGAUGGGGUGAUCCUUGUGAGCUCUGUCCAAAGGAAGAAGAAGUUGCUUUCCAGGACUUGUGCCCAUAUGGGCAUGGAACUAUUCCUGGAAUUGAUGAUACACGUGAAGAUGUCAAUGAAUGUCUUGAAAGCCCAGGAAUUUGCUCCAGUGGUCACUGCAUCAAUACUGAUGGAUCGUUCCGCUGCGAGUGCCCCAUGGGGUACAACUUGGAUUUCACAGGAGUGCAUUGCGUAGAUACAGAUGAAUGUUCCAUUGGCAACCCCUGUGGAAACGGAACGUGCUCUAAUGUGGUUGGCAGCUUUGAGUGCAGCUGUCACGAAGGGUUUGAGCCAGGCCCAAUGAUGAAUUGUGAAGAUGUCAAUGAGUGUGCUCAGAACCCCUUGCUGUGUGCUUUUCGUUGUAUCAACACCUACGGUUUCUAUGAGUGCACCUGCCCAGUGGGAUAUGAACUAAGGGAAGACCAAAAGAUGUGCAAAGAUCUAGAUGAGUGUGCUGAAGGUCUCCAUGACUGUGAAUCAAGAGGCAUGGUUUGCAAAAAUCUGAUUGGUACCUUUGUGUGCAUUUGUCCUCCUGGGAUGACCCAGAGACCUGAUGGAGAAGGAUGCACAGAUGAGAAUGAGUGCCGCUCCAAGCCAGGUGUCUGUGAAAAUGGUCGUUGUGUGAAUGUUGUUGGGAGCUACAGAUGUGAAUGUAACGAAGGAUUCCUGUCAAGUCCAUCAGGCACUGAGUGCCUUGACAAUCGCCGGGGGUUUUGCUUUGCUGAGGUUCUGCAGACCAUGUGCCAGAUGGCGUCGAGCAGCCAGAACCUUGUCACCAGGUCCGAGUGCUGCUGUGACGGGGGCCGGGGCUGGGGCAACCAGUGCAGGCUCUGCCCCCUCCCCGGAACCACCCAGUACAAGAAACUCUGUCCACAUGGAUCAGGCUACACCACAGAUGGAAGAGAUAUUGAUGAAUGUAAGGUCCUGGCAAACCUGUGCAGGAAUGGGCAGUGCAUUAACACCAUGGGCUCGUUCCGGUGUUUUUGCAAAGCUGGCUAUACCACUGACAUAACUGGCACAUCUUGUAAUGAUCUUGAUGAGUGCUCCCAGUCUCCCAGGCCAUGCAAUUUUAUCUGCAAGAACUCAGAAGGGAGCUAUCAGUGCUCAUGUCCCCGGGGUUAUGUCCUGCAGGAAGAUGGAAAGACAUGUAAAGAUCUUGAUGAAUGUCAAACCAAACAGCACAAUUGCCAGUUUCUCUGUGUCAACACCCUUGGAGGCUUCACAUGCAAAUGUCCACCUGGUUUUACACAACAUCACACAGCUUGUAUUGAUAACAAUGAAUGUGGUUCUCAUCCAUCACUAUGUGGAUCAAAAGGAAUUUGCCAGAACACUCCUGGAAGUUUUACCUGUGAAUGUCAAAGGGGAUUUUCUCUGGAUUCUACUGGAUUAAACUGUGAAGAUGUGGAUGAAUGUGAUGGAAACCAUAGGUGCCAGCAUGGCUGUCAGAACAUCCUGGGUGGAUACAGAUGUGGGUGCCCACAAGGAUUUGUCCAGCACUACCAGUGGAAUCAGUGUGUUGAUGAAAACGAAUGCUCCAAUCCUCACACGUGUGGCUCUGCUUCUUGCCACAACACCCUGGGGAGUUACAGGUGUGUCUGCCCAUCUGGGUUCUCCUAUGACCAGUUCUCCCAUGCCUGCCACGAUGUGAAUGAGUGCUCCUCUGCCAAGAACCCCUGCAGCUACGGUUGCUCCAACACUGAGGGUGGCUAUCUCUGUGGCUGCCCCCCUGGCUACUACAGAGUUGGACAAGGACACUGUGUCUCAGGGAUGGGAUUUAACAAAGGCCUGCACCUGCCACUGGAUGGAGAUGCUGAUGGAGAGAAUGCUUUGUCCCCUGAAGUGUGUUAUGAGUGCAAAAUCAAUGGCUACUCCAAAAAAGACAGCAGGAAGAAGAGAAGUGCUAACAAUGUGAGCUGGGUCAGCCUGGACACGGAGACUCCCCUGGAGGUGAGCGCGGCCGUGUCCGGGCUGGGCCGGGAGCCGCUGCUGGAGCUGCUGCCGGCCCUGAGGCGCCGCCGUGCGCGCUACGUGCUGUGGCAGCCCCGCGGGGCCCGCGGCCCGUUCCGCAUGGUGCUGCGGGCCGGCGCCGGCCGCCUGACCGCCCUGCGGGGCCGGGCCGCGCCCGGGCUGCACGCCCUGCAGAUCGCCAGCGACGGCGGCCCUGAGGGCGGCCUCAGGGUCAGGCUGCGGGUGCGCCUCCAUUAGCUGCUCCUCAGCCGCCCCUGAUCCGUCUGCACGCCCCAGAACUGCGCUUUUCAGAGAGAAUCUGCCUCCGAGAAGAGUGUUCUGGGGGGAGGAAGGCAGAGGGGAAGAGCCCUUCCUUCCUAUCCAGCCGGGACUGCAGAGCCACCCUUGCAGGAGGGUGACUUAAAACUCUGCCACUGCCAAACUUCUAUUAGGAGGGCAAAUCAUGGUUACUGUAUCUUUCAUAUAACCUCGAUUUAAAGUGUAAUAAGAAAGCUAAAGUUCAAGAAGUCAUCAUAUGGCACUAAAUGGCACAAAAAUGUGAGCUAUUUUUUUUUCACGUUAGCAGUCUGUAACACUUUGGGUAUUUUGCUAUACUUCCUAAUGAAAAAAAAUAUAGAAGUUUAUUUAUUUUUAAUGCAGUAAUAUAUGGAGAAAAUAGCAAAUUAUGUAAACAAAAAGGGAAACUUGUUUUUCUUUCAUUUUAUAAAUUUGAACUAUAACAUUUUUAGAGGUACCUUCUUAAUCAAGAAAAAAAGAAGUGGAUUUGAAAGAUGUUUUCUUUUCUACUUGGACCAGCACUAUACAAGUAAUUCUAAAAUAUAUCAGAGCUGAAAGAUCACUGUAGUAGGAUAUCCUGAAGUGGGAUAUUGUAAACUGUUCACAUGGUAGGAUAUUCUGAAGUGCUCUUGCAAAUGAGAACUAAGGAAGAAAAUUUUUUAAAAAGGGAAAAAAAAAGUAUCAUAGAGGACAAAUAUCAUAGUAUCAGUCUCUGCAGAGAUCAUAUUUCACAGGAGCUCAGUGGGAUUGUGUUCUGAAUCACCCACAGCAGACAGUGGAAGAGGCACAAGCCCUGUAGCAAAAUACCUGGACUGUUUUUAAUCCCCUUGGAACUGCAGAACCAAACUGUGCUGCCCUUCUCUCAGUGACCUCAGAGCUAACACAGGCAGCCACACCUCGUGCUCAGAAAGGGUGCUCCACAAACUGGCAUUGAUUAAUUCCUGCAGGCAGCUGAAGGUAAUGUCUCUCAGAAGAGAAUGUUUCACUCUGUUUGGUGCUGGCUCGAAACCAGGGGGCAUUUCCUGAGCCCUGAGUGCUCUGGACUGCCACACCUGUAGAUUUAAUUAUGGAAGUUAUGUAUCUGAAGUUCAUUUGUUAGAAAUCUCAUUAAUGCUGUAGUUGUACACGCCUCAUUUUAUCAUAGCUUGUUCUGUAAGAAAGAUGAUUGUACAAUGACUUGAGUUUUAGUUUACUUUAGUGAUUUUUUUUCAUUUUACGUUUUGUACUGUCAUGUGUUAAGUGUAUGUCUCAAUGGUGCUUUCUGUGACAGCUGGUGUCUGUAACUGGCCAUGCAACAGAAUCUCACAUGUGAAAACAGCCAAAGCACAUCCAGGAUUGUUCCAGUUGCAUGUAGGUGCUGACCAAAGACUAUAACAAGUUAAACUCAGUGAUUUUUCUUCUCUUUUGUUGAGUUUGGGGAUUUUGAAAAGAGAUGUCUUAAGAAAAAAAGCUUUCUCUUGAACAUUUGUAUCAUUAAGACAACACUUUUCUUGCAAUAAAGCUUA